GAGUCCAGGGUUUUAUUUUGUAGGUUCUGACCGGAAAUGAACGCACCUUGUUUAGAGCUUGACGUGUUGCAGCUUUGGAUGGAUCUGCAGCUGAAGUAACUUUGUAGCACAACCUUGGGAACAAUUGGCGGCCUGCGCUCUACCGAGUUAUGCAUUUCCAGGAGUGGUUGCGGUCACUUCGCUCCAGUGCUGGACUCAAAGGGUCUGAAUCGGAGGACUUCUGGAGUCUCCUGCCGUCUCUGCCCCUGUCCUCCUUCUCCCUGUCCUCCUUGUAUCUGUCCCCGUCCUCUCUGCUGGGUUUAGGAGCCCUGGCCUCUCUCACCGCGUACUGGCUGGUGACCCGUCCUCGACCCAUGCGUCCUCCCUGUGAUCUGCAAAACCAGUCGGUCGCUGUGAAUGGAGAUCCCAGCUGCAGGCGAUCAGCUCUUCUUAAAGACGACUCGCUGCUGGAGUUUUACUACGAUGACACCAGGACGGUCUUCGACAUGUUCCAGAGAGGCCUGAGGAUCGCAGGAGACGGCCCGUGUCUGGGCUUCAGAAAGCCGGGGCAGCCCUACGAGUGGAUCUCCUACGCUGAGGUGGCUGAGUGGGCGCAGGUGCUGGGCUCUGGGCUUCUGGCCAAAGGCUGCCAGCCGAACCCGCAGCAAUUUGUUGGGAUAUUUGCACAAAACAGACCCGAGUGGAUCAUCUCAGAGCUGGCGUGCUACACGUACUCCAUGGCGGUGGUGCCUCUGUACGACACACUGGGGCUGGAGGCCAUGGUCCACAUACUAAACCUCGCGGAGAUCUCUCUUGUGAUCUGCGACCGGGAGGACAAGGCAGCAGCUUUGUUAGAGAACAAGGAGAAAGGCGUGACUCCGACGCUCUCCUGCUUGAUCCUCUUCAACGAUUUCAGCGAUGCGUUUGCGGAGAGGGCAAAGAGCUGCGAGGUGGAGGUUUUGAAACUGGAGCAGCUCAUGGACCUGGGGAGGCAGAACCUCAAAGAUCCUGUGCCGCCCCAGCCUGAGGAUCUGGCCGUGGUCUGCUUCACCAGUGGAACCACAGGGAAGCCCAAGGGAGCCAUGAUCACCCACGGCAACAUCGCCUCCAACACUUCCUCUGUCAUUAAGAUCCUGGAGGGUUCGUUUGUGAUCCGACAGGAGGAUGUGUCGAUCUCUUACCUGCCACUUGCACACAUGUUUGAGAGGAUGAUUCAGGUGUCUAUGUUCUGCCACGGGGCCAGAGUAGGAUUCUACCAAGGCGACAUUUCUCACCUCAUGGACGACAUUAAAACUCUCAAACCCACCUUCUUUCCCGUCGUGCCACGUUUACUCAAUCGCAUCUAUGACAAGAUCCUGGGUUCUGUGACCUCUCCGCUGCGCAGGGCUUUGCUUCACUACGCCGUCAGGAGAAAGCAGGCUGAGCUCAGCAGCGGGGUGGUGCGCAACAACAGUCUGUGGGACAAACUGGUGUUCAACAGGAUUCAUGCCAGUUUAGGAGGUAAUCUGCGGUUCGCCCUGACCGCUUCGGCGCCCAUCUCCCCCACCGUGCUGUCUUUCCUCAGAGCCACUCUGGGCUGUCUGAUCUUUGAGGGCUACGGCCAGACGGAGUGCACCGCAGGCUGCACUUUCUCCAUGCCCGGAGACUGGACCGCAGGUCAUGUAGGUGCUCCUUUGCCCUGCGCCAAGGUGAAGCUGGUAGACAUCCCCGAUAUGAACUACUACGCUAAGAACGGAGAUGGAGAGAUCUGCAUCAGCGGCCCGAGUGUGUUCAGAGGUUACCUAAAGGACCCAGAGAGGACGGCUAAAGCCUUGGACAGCGACGGCUGGCUGCACAGUGGGGACGUGGGCCAGUGGCUUCCAAACGGGACGCUACGCAUCAUUGACAGGAAGAAGCACAUCUUCAAGUUGUCCCAGGGAGAGUACAUCGCUCCAGAGAAGAUAGAAAAUGUCUACACGCGUUGUGUUCCUGUGCUGCAGGUGUUCGUGCACGGAGAUAGUUUACAGUCUUACCUCAUAGGCAUAGUCGUACCUGACCCCGAGGUGUUCGUCGACUGGGCUAAAGACCGAGGAUUUGUGGGAUCCUAUGAAGAGCUGUGCCAGAAUCCUGAUUUAAAGAACGCAGUAUUAGAGGACAUGAGAGCUGUGGGGAAGGAAGCAGGACUGAAGUCCUUUGAACAAGUGAAGGACCUUCACUUGCAUCCAGAGACGUUCAGCAUCGCCAACGGCCUUCUCACCCCCACGCUGAAAAGCAGACGCGGCGACAUCCGCAGAACCUUCCAGGAACAAAUAUCAAGCAUGUACAACAACACGGCCUUCUGAAAAAACACCGCCCAGUAAUUCACACACAACACCCGAGGGUUACUGGUGUCCAAUGAGGGAAAAUAAAUGGGACAGGGACCUGUGAGAAAACAAUUCAAAUCCUGUACGUCCAGCAGUGCCUUAUUUUAAAAUAUAUAUAUUUUGGAAUAUUGGUAUUUUGCUUCAAAGAAGUUAUAAUUCACGUCCACCUCUUGCACGUAUGUAAUGUAUUAACGUCACAUGAGAAAUAACACAGAAUGGGACCAAACCUUUUUUUUUUUUUUUUUAUUUCCAAUCUCACUAAUUCAGAGUUGUGAUUCACCAGGAGAUUUUUGCUGAUAAUUAAGUUAUUGUCUAGUUGUAGAGAUUAAAACAAGUAAAAGCACAGAAGUUAUCGAGAAGCAAUCUGCAGAGAUGUUGAGUUAGACAUUUAUUUCACGCUGCUCUGUUCUUCCCGUCCCGUGCAAGGUUUCUUAAAAGGCCACUGUUAUGUGUCCUUUGGACGUUGUUGCUCAUUGUACUUGCAUUAACUGUAGGUUUGUAUUUUACGGUUGUUGGGCCCUUUUAUCACCAUGACAUAAGCUUUUCAUGAACACUCUUGAUCGUAGCUCUAUGGUCGCGUGUUUUUCUAAUCGGUUCUGAAACAUUUCAUAAACCAGUGUGAGCAUGUAAUCCUUCACCUGAAGUUAAACCGUUUAAACUAACGAGGGUUUCAACAAGCAAUGAUUUGUUAAAAAGAAAAAAAGGCUGAACUGUAUAUACUGCUUGUAUUGAUAUUUGUUGACAGGACCCUACUGACUAAUUCCAGUAAAGUAAAACUGAACAGAAAUAAAGAAUAAAGAUUAGUAA